GGUUCAGUUCGUGGACAGCAAUGUAUCAUCAACAACGAAAGCAAAAGAGAAACCUCAAAAUUUCUAAAAAUUAAAUUAAAUUAAAAUUUAAUUGAACUGAAAAUAAUUAAUGAAAAAAACUGUAAGUGUUGUGAUUAUAAAUGAACAAGAAAGGAUAAUCGAUUUUAAUGCGAACCAAAAUGAGACUUAAUAAUGACCCCUCGAAGCUUUCUCUCUCUCCUUUAGUCUCUAAUGGGAUUAGUCAAAUGAUGUCUAAUCCUCCAAGAAAUGAAGGGUCUUCAGCGGUUUCAAGCAUCAAGUCCAGUGCUUUUGGAAAUCAUACUGAGAGGAAUUUUGAUGUAGUAAAGGAUUCCAUGGGCUUGGCAAUAUCUUUGAACAAAACUGAAUCUUUGGAUGCUGUACUUGAUGAUUUCUCUGAGGGUUAUUUUAGUCUUUCGAAUGAAAAUCGGAAGAAAUUGUUGCUUGUGCUUGCAAAAGAGUAUGAUCUUAAUAGGAAUCAAGUUCGUGAAUUGUUGAAGCAAUAUCUUGGACUUGAACUUCAAAGUGGUAAUGAAGGUGAAUCGAGUAAUGUUGAUGAUGGGAGUGUGUUGUUUUCUGCUUUCUAUCAGAUUGAGAAAAACUUGAGACAAGCUCUUAAGCCGACGUAUGAUGUUCUUUUUGAACGGUUUAAUAAUCAUACUGGGGGUUUGAAGUUCUUGUCGAUUCUUCGAGCUGAUAUCUUGUCCAUUCUCGAACAUGAAAAUAUUGUGUCUUUGCGAGCAUUAGAAUACUUCUUAAAGGAGAAACUUAGUACUUGGCUUAGUCCAGCUGCAUUGGAGCUUCACCAGAUUACAUGGGAUGAUUCUGCUUCUUUGCUGGAGAAAAUUGUGGCUUAUGAGGCUGUGCAUCCAAUCAACAAUCUUUUGGAUCUUAAAAGAAGGUUGGGCAUUGGCCGCCGUUGUUUUGGGUAUUUGCAUACAUCAAUACCAGGUGAGCCCCUUAUUUUCAUAGAAGUUGCGCUUCUGAAGAAUGUGGCUCAGACAAUACAGGAAGUUUUGUGGGACGAUCCUUCCAUACCUGAACCUGAGGCCACAUGUGCAUUAUUUUAUUCUAUAUCGUCUACUCAGCCUGGCUUGGCAGGGAUCAAUCUAGGGAAGUUUCUUGUUAAACGUGUGAUCACAUUGGUGAAAAGAGAUAUGCCACAAGUAUCUACAUUUGCAACACUAAGCCCAAUCCCCGGAUACAUGCAAUGGUUGCUAUCUAAGCUGGCAUCUCAAUCAGUACUUGCUAAAGGAGACAACACGGAACAACCAGCAGGUGGAUCUGGUUCCACUUUUCAGGAGAAUUUACUUGAACCAGAUGAAGAAAGAAUGCUCAUGAAUUCUGCUCCGGAGACUUGUGCUGGAAAAAAUGGCAUGGAAGUGAUGCUGAACUUGCUGACAGCAACAAACUAUGAGUGGACCAGUUCAGCUGAAUUAGUCUCUGCCUUGAAGCCCCCUCUAAUGCGGUUGUGUGCCAGGUACCUUCUCCAAGAGAAGAAGGGAGGAAAAGCUCUAGAUUCUGUGGCGAAUUUUCACUUGCAAAAUGGAGCGAUGGUUGAAAGAUUAAAUUGGAUGGCAGACCGGUCUGAGAAAGGUCUUCGUCAAAGUGGAGGUAUCAUGGUGAACUACAUGUACAGGGUGGAGCACAUUGAAGAAUAUGCUCAAUCAUAUUUCAGCACUGGGCAUAUACAUGCUUCGAGUGACGUUCGCCUCUAUACCAUGCCACAGAAGGAACAUGAGGCGACUGCAGAUUAGCUUUGCAGGAUAAACAUCCAGUACAUAAUUUUGCUUCCAGUUUAGCUAGUUCUUGCAUUUGUAGAUUAUUAAGAAUACAAAGGAAGGGAAGCUCAUGUCUUGCUCAAUUUAUGGUCUUGGAUGAGCUUUGAUCAAAUAAGGUUCAAGAAGAUGCCACACUCUGUUCCAGGUUGACAGAAGACGUCUUUCUUGUUGCUUCACUUCCUGUGUUUGUUUCUGUAACUUUGUAUAUUUGUUUUGCAAUUUCCUUUUUAUAUGGAACAAUAAACCAAUAAAGUGUCAACAAUGUACACGGAUUGAAUACUAGAAAGCAUUACAUUAAAAAGAUAUCUAGCGUAAUCUUCAUCAA